AUGUCAAGUAAAGAAGAUGACAUUAAUUGUGAUGAACGUGGGAAACAUUUUACACAAAAGAGUUCUCUGAAGCAACACAUUCUUGUGCAUAAUGGGAUUAAAAACUUUAAAUGUGAAGAAUGUGGCAAAGAUUUUACACAAAAGAGCCAUCUGAAGCAACACAUUCUUGUGCAUAAAGGUAUUAAAAAUUUUAAAUGUGAUGAAUGUGGUAAAUAUUUUACACAAAACAGCCAUCUCAAGCGACACAUUCUUGUGCACAAAGGUGUUAAAAAUUUUAAAUGUGAUGAAUGUGGGAAACAGUUUACUCUAAAGGGUAAUCUGAAGCAACACAGCUUUACACACAAGGGUAUUAAACAGUUUAAAUGUGAUGAAUGUGGGAAACAGUUUACACAGAAGAUUUCUCUGGAGAGACAUAUGCUUGUGCACAACAAUAUUAAAAACUUUAAGUGUGAUGUGUGUGGCAUGCUUUUUGCACUAAAGGGUAACCUUAAGAUACACAUAUUUAGGCACCAUGAUCUAAACAGUGCCCGGACAGCAAUUGGCUCAAAGCUGUGA